ACAGCUCUCAACUACACAAACAACUAUCAUCAAAACAGCGUCUCUCACUUUCAGCUCCUAAAAAAAAUGAAGCUUCUGUCUAUUCUUCUCGGUCUCGCCGCUACCGGAGCUCUAUGCUCUCCAACUACAUCUGCAGUCGAAGCCACUGCUGAGGAUUGUGGCGAACUCGGAGUUAUGGAGUGGGACACAGCAAACCUACCCGAAGGCACUGAUGUUUCUGCUCUCAGAAAGUGCAAGAAGCAUCCCUCUGAACUUGGAAUUGCCAGUCCUCUGUACGACCCAACUUCAGAGACGGAGGUCGCCAAUUCCUCCAAGCGCGGAGAACUUCUCGACGAGGUUGCAGCGCUCGCUAAACGGGGUGUUUGCUCAAAGGGAGGACGUGGCUCGGGCUACGACUACGAUUAUGGGUGUGAUAAUGGCUGGUGCUGGAGGAACUGCGACGGCCCCUUUGUCAAUGCUGACGUUGGUCUCAAGAAGACUUGGUGCUGGCUUGCAUACGAAAGUGGCAAUGGAGGUUGGACUCCCUGUGGCAGGUGGCAGGACUGCGAAUGGUCUUACAACAACAAGGCUGCCAAGUGUGCCAAGGGUGAUUGCAAGUCCUGUGGCUGUGGCUGCUGAUUUUUCAUCUACGGAUGAGGUGGACAUCGGUCAUUGGAAGGAUACAGAAUGGAGCAAUCAGGAUUUGAGAAGGUCAGGGGAGCUUCUAAUCUCCCGGAAUCUUGUAGAUUAGAUUGGCACCAUCCUCAGCAAUGUCAUAUACUCCUCAAUGUUCUUC